GAGCAAGAAGAAAAGUUCGGGCUCGCUGGCCCCGGUUGCAUUCUUUGCAUAUUAAUACCCACAGUGUUGAGGAAGGGGAGGAAACUUUCUUGAGCAACCGGAGAGAGAGAGAGAGAGGACUGGGAGCGCCCCUUACUUGGUAUAUAUUGUACUGGGAGGAAAGCUUCUUCUCAAUGGACCUAUAGGGAAGUCGUAUGGUGGGAUUCAAGUAGGUACCGAAAUCGUACUUGAAAGAUACGAUUAUUUUCGUGUUGGUUAACUGGGGGUAAAAGAAUCCACUGGAUCGCAUCGCAGCGCUUCGGCACUGGAUAAUCGAUAACCGCUAUUUGGACAACUUUUGACCUCCGGCGUUAUCGACUUUGACUUUGGACCGAGUUAGGACGAUGUUUUUUAAAACGUCAACAUGCCACGUUUGAGACGACGCCUUUGAUGGGCUGAGCAGCAGAACAACGACCAGCCUCCGGCAGACCGCUCUGGGAAGACGAGACGCUGCGUCUUAAAGUUGUCUCCUCUUGUUUUGGUGUCUGUUUGAAUAUUUCCGAGACAUUCCGCCACAGUUCUCUGGUCGGGGAUUCGUUUAGUCUUGGGGGGUCCAAUCAAACAAAAGUCAUUCUCUCGGUGGUAGGAUGUCGGACUGACGUCGAGGGGAAUGGCAUCUUCUGUGUUCGAGGGGACGUCGCUGGUCAACAUGUUCGUGAAGGACUGCUGGGUGAACGGGAUCCGACGGCUCAUCAUCAGCCAGAGGGGCGAUGAAGAGGAGUUCUUCGAGAUCAGGACGGAGUGGUCGGACAGGAACAUUUUAUAUCUGCAUCGGAGCUACUCGGACUUCGGCAGGCUGUUUAAGAGACUGGCGGAGUCCUUUCCGGAGGACAGGAGCGACCUGUCCAAGUCUCCGCUCUUAGAAGGGAUGGUGAAGAUCAGAGAAGCCAGUGACAUUGAGCUGAAGCUGAACGAAGUGGAGAGACUUCUCAAGAACGCCAUCAACCUGCCCUGGAAGUUCUCCAGGUCAGAGGUCAUGCUGACGUUCUUCGAGCGCUCGCCCCUGGACCAGGUGUUGAGGAAUGAUAAGGUCCACAGAAUCCAGCCCUGCUUCCAAAGCCCUCUCAACAUAUCAGAGAUCAUGCGGUCCAAUGGGUUCUGUCUGGCCAACACCGAGACCAUCGUGUUUGACGAGCGCCUGUCACCAGUGGACAAAGAGAGGCCCUCCUCCACCGACUCAGAGGAACACGCGUACGACGACGGAGGCUACCUUCCCCCGGACCCUCUGCCGUGCAACGAGGACACAGAGGCCUACGUCACUAACCUGUCCUACUACCACCUGGUCCCGUUCGAGACCGACAUCCUGGAGUGAGGCCCCGCUGCAGGAGAGACGCUGCCUGUGGCUGUUGGCUUAGCUCACGCUAGCUCCCCUGCUAGCACCUCACACCACGCCAAACCGGACGCCGAAGCCCCCGUCUCAGCGGAACACGAAGGCUGUGGCAGCCGCCUGGCCCCGACUUUAGUCCGUCUACGGUCUCGGUUGUGGCUGUGAUUUGACCAACGAGACCGAACACACAUACAUGCGUUAUCGUUUAUUGGUUGGUCUAUAAUGUCACCACGUGCCUCUGGUUAAACUCUCUCUGCGAGGACAGUUGGAUGGAGAUCGUGUUGAGAAUGACUUCACAAACUUUUCACCACAAAAGACUUUAACCCCAAAACCAGAUAAACUCUUCCCCAACUUCCACUGCAACAUAAUGUUCCCCUGACUAACUACUCCAACAGCAUCCUAGCUUGGUGCGUCUCAAGUAUUGUUAUUCAGUAUUGUGAAUCUUUCUUAAUAACGCUUGUUUGCAACGCUGUGGUAACAGCUUCAAAGAACCUCUGUCAGCUCAGCCUUUAACUUCAACUGCUAGCAUUUUCCAUUUUUUUGUUCUGGUUUGUAUCUUUGUGUUUUUGUGUGUGUGUAUGUGGUGUGAGAAAGCCACCAGGAAAACAUGGCUUGGGUCAGCAGCAGCAAAGAAACAAACAUGAGCAGAUAUUUUAUGUUAAAUACAUGCUGGCCAUGGCCAUUCAAACUUAAUUCACAUAAAACGUUGCAUCGGCCUUAUGGACCACACGAUUAAAAACGAUUUGUUUUAUUUUCAUUUAACAUUUGGGGAUUAACAUGUCUACCCAACUAUAGCUUAUAUUUAUAAAUAUAUAUUGUUAUAUAGGAACAGAGUUCUGCUUUUAAUGUUAAUACAGACUCUAAAAUUACCACUAUAAGCUGUGAGAAGGUUUUGACCCUUUAACAUGUCCAUGAUGCAUAUUUAAGUUGUUUUUUACUAAACCAAUAUCUUAAUAUUUUAUUAAACUUAGACUAGAACUAACCAGGGACAAGGUCUUACCAGUAUUUGGGAAUAAACAAAGAAUGGAAUCAUCUCAAUUUUGAAGCAAUACUUUUACAAAAGAAAGAAAUGUAAAAAGAAAAAGUUUUGCAUAAAGUUUUGUCCUGUUAUUGUGUUUAUCUUGGGAAAACAUCCAUCCAAUUAUUCUGUGUUAUUGUGAACCACAGAAGGAGGUUGUUCUUCAGUGCUCUUUCAGACUUCUCUUUUCUCGUAUAGCUCAGCAGAGACACAGCAGGAGCUUCAUGCUCAGACUGAAAUAUACCGAAACAGAAAAACCUUGUACUGUGUCUGCAAGGAACUAACAACUAGGUCAUGCUUUAGUUUAGGAACUUUUAGUUUGCAAUGAAUGAUUGUGAAUCUCAUCUCCAAGGCUAAUUCUUUCAAACCACCAAAACCGUGUUUGUCACUUUGCUUUGUGAAUAAAUGGACAGUAGACUUGGAA